AUGGCUGUCACCACCGCCGUCUCGGACCUCGUCAAGUCAUUCGCCGAGCUGCUCUCGUCGCUCGUGCACUCGGUCUACGCCAUCGUGCACUCGCUCGUGGCCGGCUUCGUGCACCUCUUCGCGGGCUUCUUUGCCUUUAUCAGCGAGAUCCUGACGGGCGUGCUCGACCUGGUCGGCGGCCUCGGCCGCUUCAUCGCCGGCAACAUCGUCAUCCUCGGCGUCCUCGGCGCCGCCGGCUACGCCUACGUCCACUACACGCAGCAGGGC